AUGAUUGUUUUACUCUGGACUUUAAUCGUUGGUUUCAACGGUUAUGUUUUCUGCUAUGAAAAUCUGAGUAGAAGACCCACAGCAGUACUCACCCAAAGUUCGACCUAUGAGACAAGCAUAGCAUCAAAAGCCAAUGACGGGAAAAUUGAGCUUGACUUAUACACUGCUUGUGCUCAUACUACGCUAAAUCGCAGGAAGGCAUGGCUACAGGUCGACUUGGGACAAUCCUAUAGAAUAAACAAUGUAAAAAUUUAUUACAGAAACCAAGGUAAUGAUCCAAAUGAUUGGAAGCAGUAUCGGUUCAGACAAUUUUACCUAGAUGUCUCGAACUCAACAGCAUCAGAAACAACAACGUCACAGAGAACUCGUUGUUACACGGACAAUACAACUGCCCCAAAUCUUCCCCAAAACAUUAUAGACUUACCUUGUAAACACACAGCUAGAUACGUCAUUGUGGAGACCACCUACGACUGUCCUGAAGAUGAUCCUACUACAGGAGCUAUGCUUGAAAUUUGUGAAAUAGAAGUUUAUGUUUGUGUCAAAAGCAAUGGGAACUGUAAAAAGGGAUGUACACCUGGUCAGUAUGGAGGCACGUGUAAUAACACAUGUAGUUUUGGGUGUGUAGGAGGGACAUGCGACCAACAGAGUGGAACCUGCAAUGCUGGAUGUAAACAAAACUGGACAGGGCGUAUCUGUGAUGUGUGCGAUGCGACACAUUAUGGAACUACCUGCUCUCUGGAAUGCAAUAUUAAUUGUUUAAACAAUGCCUGCAAUAAUGUGAAUGGUUCCUGUAGAGAUGGUUGCGCUUUUGAAAUGCUGGGAGAUUUUUGUAACGAAACUUGUGAUGAACUAAGUUUCUCUUGCUGUGAGAAAAUUUCGGAAAAAUAUAAGAAAUUGAAGGAUUCAAACUCGGAAAUCCUGUUUAUUUUGUAUGGGGUAAUUGCAGCACUUAGUAUCAGUCUCAUCGCCCACGGCUACAUGAUAAUAUGGAUUUCAAGACAGAACAAAUGGAAAGGACAAGACGUAAAACAAGAGGCGAUGAGUUGUAAUUCUCCUCCUCAGGAUUUCAUUCAAAACCAAGAGAUAUAUGAAGCAGUGGAGGACAACGCCGAAUACCAAAAUUUGGGUCAACUCAGUGGAUCUUCUCAUUACGAUCAACUCCAAGGGCGAAAAACAUAG